GUUUUCCGCUGUGGGUCCGGCGCCCCUCUGAUGUUCGGCUUGGUAUAAACCGCUGAAGCCCUUUAACAGAAACAGCGAGCGGAUCGCGAAGCGGCGGAUGUUUUCGUCCCGUUAUCGAUGCGUCCGCCGCGCCUUCACGAAGUCGCCUGUGCCGAGUUACGUGUUUCCCAGCUCCAGUUCUGUGGACCACCUGAACUCCAGAGUUUUCCUGCUUUAAUACACCUGAUUCAGCUCUGGAAGGAACUCGAUUAUCACCUAAUGAUGUAACGUGGGUGCAAGGAAACCUGAAAGUGUGCAGUGCAGCUGAAGGACCAAGCCAUCACAGCACAGCCAUACCAUCCGGACUGUAACCUGCAAUAGGUAAUUCUCUUGUCACUCAAGUGUUCAAUGCCUAACACUGCAGAAAGUGAAGGCGGUAACGUAUCUGGUGCUAGUGAUCUGGCGGCCCCAGCACGGGCCCCAGCCAGAGAGGAUGAGCGCAGCUUCCUGAGUCCGUUCACCCGCGACUCGUUGCGAGUCAGGCGGGCCUCCAGCGCUGAGCUGCAGCUUCCAUGGACCUGCCCAGUCACCCACUCCCGGGAGAAAUUCUACACAGUCUGCUCAGACUACGCACUGCUUAACCAGGCCCGUCCCGUCAUCGCACCCAGAGAUGCCCCUCAGACCAGCUCCGAUAGCGGGGCAUCUCUGACUCAGUCCAACACUACCAGUGUCUCCCAGUGUCUGCCUGGAGAAACCAAUACACCUUUAGCUGAGGACUGUGACAUGGAAGAAGUGUUGACCAGCAACACCAAGCCUGUGUUAGCCUGGGAGAUCGACACCACUGACUUUGAUGCAGUCUUAACCCGGAAAACCAGGACAAGUAAUUUGAAGAAAUUUGCUCCAAAGAAAAUGAAAUCAUCUGACCGCUCGAGCAGAAACCUGCUGGACAUCCCACCACAAGCUUCUCUGGAGGAGAUCAAGCAGAGGAAAGUCCUGGACCUGCGCCGAUGGUACUGCAUCAGCCGCCCUCAGUAUAAAACUUCAUGUGGAAUUUCCUCUCUUGUCUCUUGCUGGAACUUCCUGUACAGCACUUUAGGAGCUGGGAGCCUUCCACCCAUUUCCCAAGAGGAGGCCCUGCAUAUUCUCGGUUUCCAGCCUCCAUUUGAAGACAUCAAGUUUGGACCCUUUACCGGCAAUGCCACUUUGAUGAGAUGGUUCAGACAGAUCAAUGAUCACUUUCGUGUUCGAGGAUGCUCUUAUAUUUUAUACAAACCCCAUGGGAAGCACAAGACUGCAGGAGAGACAGCUGAGGGAGCUUUGCUGAAGUUGACCCAGGGACUGAGGGAUGAGUCUAUGGCCUACAUUUACCAUUGUCAGAACCAUUACUUCUGCCCUGUGGGCUUCGAGGCAACACCAUUAAAAGCAGGCAAAGCUUACAGGGGCCCACUUCCUUCGAAUGAAAUGGAGCACUGGAUUCUUAUCGGGGAACCGAGCAGAAAACACCCUGCCAUCCACUGUAAAAAGUGGGCAGAUAUUGUGACCGACUUAAACACACAGAAUCCAGAAUACUUGGACAUUCGCCAUACAGAAAGAGGCAUUCAGAUUCGGAAAACCAAGAAGGUGGGAGGCAACCUGCACUGUCUCAUGGCCUUCCAAAGGGUGAACUGGCAGAAGCUAGGACCCUGGGCGCUGAACCUGGAAAACCUGAGGCAUGACCUCCACCAACAGGGGGCAGAGCAGAGGAGCCAGGCUUCAACCGGGGACGCCUUAGAGGACAGGAUGUCCAAACACUUGGGGCGCCUGGGUCGUUCCCACAGCACAGGAAACCAGAAGUCCGAUCAGGCCUGGAAACGUCUCUCCAACACUGCAGAGUACAGGCACAGAGCCUCUCCUGACAGUGACCUGGAAGAGGACGUGACUGACUGAAAAUCAAGUGGCCGGUCCACCUCCUGGCCAUCAACAUGCAUAUUUUAGGAAGCUCAAGGUUAAGGUAGAUUGGGAGUGGGGGGGGGAAAGAUUGCAGUCCAAGAAAUGGCCAAGCCCCAUAAAAUCAAAGCAUAGGUCUCUUCAGAAAUCAGAAUUGGUAAAAAUGGUUAGAGCAAGAAAAUUGUGCAAUUAUCUACAAACCAAAACGUGAGGCGAGUAUUUUUGUUUGUGUGCAGCAUUUCAUUCAUUAGUGUGUUUCUAAACACGUGCUUCUUUGGACUUCGUGUUCAUGAAUAUCUGCAGCACAAAAUAGAUAAAUGUAACAUUUGAGUAAUUUAACAUUAAGUGCAUAGAGUUCCAGUCAAUGCACAGAACAUAUUCAUUGUGCAUAAACAUGAACAGUACAAGUCAGGAAGUAGAACGACAAAGAGAAAUUGUUUGAUCAUCCUGAGAGAACUGGUGAACAGAAAGCGUUUUUUAUUUUAGGUAGCUGAGACAGAUUCGGUUAACUGUGAAAUCAAAUAGAGAAGACCUGAUCUUGCGUGUAAGUUUUUCGUGAAAAGAUGUAAAGCAUGGUGGCUUUCAUGUUCUGUGCAGUGUGAUGUCCAUUCUUAAUUUACCACAGCAACAUCUGAAGUAUGUGUUAUGGCAAGUGUGCGGCCAUCGACAAUCCCAUAUACAUGUGAAAUCAGUAUGAGCCGGAAGUAGUUGGUAAUUUUUCUUUAUAAAUAAAUAUUUAUACAACU